GUGAAUGUUUGGAGAACAACCAUGAAAUUGAUUCUAACACACCACCGGCAGCCGGGAAACCAGAUGACCGAGCAGAAAAAACUCCUGCAAAUAGCUUCAUUGUACUACUGAAGGACUUCGCUUCUGAUACAAGUUUUGGUGGAAUUUCCAAGAUUACUCUUUCCGAUGGAAAAAUUCGGCGUUUUCUCUGGUUAUUGAUAUCUGUGACUUGCUAUGCUUUGACUAUCAUGUACUGCAUGUCGUUGGUGAAUAAUUAUCUCGACAAACCUAUCAAGACAACUGUUGAUAUUUCUUAUGAAAAGGUAUAGGUUUCUGCAAGAAUAAUGCUUAAAAAACUCAUUAACAAUUCAUGAAGAAAAUACAAAAGAAAUCACGGGCGUGAAGGAGUGUGUAUAUGUGAUACAGAUUCAUGUUGAUUUACAUAAACUUUAACUUUGAUUUUCUCGGCUUAGACAACGUUUAUGUUUUAAAAUUACUUCGCCAAUGAACUCAUAAGAUGAGUCGUUUUUUAAGCCUUCGGCGAGAGUUUGUAUAUCCGAUACAACACGGCCGCUCAUGCUGUAAAUAGUACAUAUUAAAUAAGUAAAAAAAUGCAUCCAUGCAUUAGGUGCAUGUAUAAUUUGUUAACUUAUCAGUAAUGUGUUUGCUUAACGUGAGUUCAGCCGGAAUAAUGACAUUGCUCGUUCUGAAGAAAACUUCUUUCAAUUGGAGAAUGUCUUCUGGCCAACUAAUUACUGUACAUGUAAUAUAAUAUGCACUGAAUGCCGUUAAAUUGUAUGAUGAAUUUUGCAUGCAAGAUAUUUCGGCGUUUCAGCUAAACUCUAAUGUUAGUUGAAACAUGCUUUCGCGGCUACUUUAUCUUUCGACUUGUUUCAAUAAUUAUACCCAUGUUAAUACCAACUUCUGCAGUGGGAGAUUAUAAUCAGCAAUGGGUAGAGUAAUUAACGAAUAAUGUUGGAGGAUCACUAACAAAAAUAUCAUUAGCAUGCAGAGGUAAGCAGUCUCCAAGUGCCUUCUAGUUUUGUUAUGUACUACUUUAAUUAUGCACAAAGAUGGGAAGAUGUGAUUUAGACCGGCAAUUUUUAAUCGGCUCGCUUUAUUUUUGCUUAGAAUGAUAAAAAAUGUCAUUCAAAAGCUAUAAAACCCUAAUCUUUAUUAAUACGAAAAAUGAAAUCUGUGCACUCAAUAUUGAGCAAGAGCACGCUAGAGUUGGAUAAACUUCUUUUUUUCACCCUGUAUAUACUGUAUAAAUAAAAAUGGAAAGGUUAGCACGCUUUCGCUCGAAACGUUUCUUUUCUGCCGGCCAGGCAACGCAACAUCAUGCACCAUAUAAUGUUAUGAAAACUCAAACCAUUUUCUUUUUCUUUAGAAUAUCAACUUUCCCUCCGUGACAGUGUGUAAUCUCAAUCAGUUUCGCAAGUCAAAACUACAAGAAGUCAAAUCGAUUCAAGAUAUUCUUCAACGUUUCUCAAAUGAGAAUAGAAACACAUCGGACGGUUCAAUUUUAGAGGUCUCUUUAAAAAGACUGAGAAAAAUGCUGAUGAAAGAUCUUGCCCAUGAUGACGAUGAUGAUGAUGAUCUUGGUGAUGUUGAUGUUGACGAGGACGUACUUCUUGAACAAUUUGUGGCUAUACUAGCAUCAAAUUAUAAUAAGACACAUUUGAAACAAGUGGGUCAUCAGUUUGAUGAUACGAUUCUAUCGUGCUCUUGGAAAGGAGCCAACUGCCGUACAGGGUAAUAUACCAUAUAUCAAUAUUUGCCAUAUUUCAGUAUGCAUCUAUUUUUAUGGUUGUCAAUAGAAACUGACCAGAAUGUCCAAACUCGAAUCUCUACCCCUAAUCGUCAAAGCAAAAUAGACAUGUUUAUAGAGGUUGCCCAUGAAUUUCCAAGAAACAAGGCAGGAACAUUUUGCAAUGGGAACACGGGAACAGAGCUAAAAAUAGCAGGGAUAUAUAUAUCGAACAUAUAAGCUGGGGGAACAAGGAAACAUGGUUGAAUCUUUGUGGGGAAAAAGGAAACAAAGGGACAGUUUCCAAGGGGAUAGACCGCGAGCAGUCCCUCGGGAGAAAGAAGGAACUGCCGACAAUUACACAUCAAGAAACAAAAUACGCGUUGCCCACACAACGCAAAAUUGCCAUUGGUUGAAAUCGAUGUCAAUCAAAUCUGAUAUGUCAGUAGUAAUUAUGCUAUCGCAAUAAAUAAUUUCCAGACUGAAUGUUGAUUUUAUAAAUAAACAUGACGGGCUUAAAUUAACGGUUCCUAUUGGAUAUAUAAGUAGACCUAAGUAAUGUUUAUGCAAUGGCGAAGCCUUGUGCAUGUGUCGCACGCCUGGGAAGGUAAACCCGCGGCAAGGAGGACCGCUCGCAAUCUAGGGGACAGGAGAACACAAACCCUCUCUCCUGCGAGACCCUCAUUCCAUAUGUCUCUAUUUUAUCGUGGCAUUUUAAAGAACACAACUUCCAUGCUCCAUUCAUAAUUGAUUACGCUGUGCUUUGUAAAUGCAUGCAGGAUGGUGGAUAUAUAUACUGUAUAUCAAGGUGACUGAUGUAAUAGAGUGUCGAUAUAUAUCUACAGUCAGUGGACACUGCAUGGUUUGCGUAUACAGGACACAAAAGAUGUGAUGGAUCCAGAGUAUUUCACAUCAUCCAAGAUGACUUCAUCACGACUGUUACGACCUAAUGAAAACCAGGUUAAAUGGGGGAAAGAGCUCACGAUGAUAUUUCCGGGUUUUCUCAUUUACUUUGCCAAGUUGUUGAUAAUAUACCGCAUUUAAAUUGUAUAGCCUUCAUAAACGUGCUAUGGGGAAGUUGGGGUAGGGUAGGGGAGGGAUGAGUAAAUGAAAAAAGGAAAUAGAAGGGAGAGAAAAGCUCAUAUCAUGACAAUAUUCCUAUUUUUCAGCUAUUUUGCUAAGUUUUGGGUAAAACAUUGGAAUUGGAAAUAUGGCAAUUGUUUCACAUUCAACCCUGGAGGAAAUGAAACAGGACAUAAGCUCAGAAUAAUUCACACUAGUGGAACAGGACCUCAUCAUGGUAAGUGGACAAUAUUUAAAUGGAAAGCUAUAUGCAUGUAAAAGUAGAAGAAACUGGUAUAUUCUUUUUCAUCGGGGAUGGAUCCCCGGAAGCGGAAUGACUGUGAUUCAAUUAUUCAUUAUUCAUUUAAAAUAUUUCCAAAUUAUUACUGUCGAUGCAAUAGAAGUGUUGAUAAAAUAUUGCAUCAAUUCCUUUCCUCAAGCUGAUCAAAUCAUUGGAUAGAAAAUUGAUCAACUUCCUGUUACUUCUAGAUGCGCCAAUUAGGUUUCGUUUCAGAACCGAUUGACCAAUAGGAAACGCACAGGAAGUAAAAAGAAAUUUGAAUUCCUAUGAAUUGAUCAACUUGAGGAAAUGAAUUGAUGCAAUAUUUUAUCAACACUUCUAUUGCAUCGACAUGCAGUAAUUAUUCAUCGCACUUUUCGAAUUGUUCAUUCAUUUUCUAAUUUUCUUUAUUCUAAUAUUCUUUAUUCCUUUCCAUCAUAACUCCGCAAUUUAUUAUUCCGGAUUUUCGAACGCAAAUCAUAUUCAUGAUUAUUUCUCUUACUAUAUGGACGUGUUAUUCAUUAUUCCGGGAUGAUUCCGCUUUCUAUGCAUUCUCGAUAUUUCAUUAACUAAGCCGUAAAUUGCAAAAGAUACAGAACUGGUAAAAACUAACACGAAUGGCGGGAAUUAAAACCCUCUAUCAACUCACCAUGUAAGAACUAAGAAGAGUUAAUUAACUCUGUUUAUACUGUCGGCUCAAUGUAGGAUCUUUCCAGAAUUCUUGCUUGUCUCAUAUUUGAGAUCAGGAGUGAUCAGGAAUCUGGGAUGUUUUCGUACAACUCGUUUAUCGAGAACGCCUUUACAUCCUUUAUUAUUGAUUUUACUUCAAUGUAUUUAAGGAUAGCCACCCCUACUUACAAGCAACCACCUUUUUCCAGAAUUCAGAUUGUAUUAACUCUUUGAUGAGGCAACUAGCUCUGUAGUGUUAGAAUAUACUGAACUAAUGCAACAAUGGUAAAUACUCAAGUUGGUCAGGACGCUGUAAACAACCUCGAAUGUAGAUUAAUUAUGAUAAUAUAUGAUUUUCCAUAGGUUUAUCUCUUGACAUAAAUAUUCAGCAAUCCUCAGAGUACGUAGAUGAGUUGACUGCAGAAGCUGGGGCGCUUAUCACAAUUCAUAAAGCAGAACAAAUGCCAUUUCCAUACGACGAAGGAACUACAGUUUCUCCUGGAUUUUCCUCCUCGAUCGCAAUAAGACAGGCAAGACAUAUUUAUAAUUUAUGAUAUCAAUUGGUAACUACUGUAUAUAGCAGAGAAUUAAACUAACAAAUUCAUGAAAAAAAUAAUCAGAUAACGACUCUGUUAUGGUCACACGUAUACCUAAUUUUCAUCGAUAUAUGAAUGACAACUAAAUGUUUUCAGUUCAUGACUGGUAACGUUGGACACGCCUUCAUUAAAGUGCCUAUAUCACUUGUGGGACCUUUAUGGAUUUGAAAAGAGCAGAAAAAGUUAGUUAAUAAGUUCAAAAACAUUUUUUUUUAUUUAGUGCAAUAGUUUUGAGGAUAUAUAGGCCUUUAAACAACGAACUGUUCCUGAGUCCCAGCCUCCUGGGGUCUAAUCACGGCUAUUGAAUUUGGCCUUUUUCGAAACUGGCCAUUGUGCAUAGGAAUCUGGGACUCAGGAACUGUAGGUAGUUUAGAGAUGUGUAUCUUCGAAAUUAUUGCACUAAAUCAAAAAAGCUUUUGAACUUAUCAACUAACUUUUUAGGCUCUUUUCAAAUCCAUAAAGGUCCCACAAGUGAUAUGGGCACUUUGACCAUUGGCGUAUGCGAAGCUGGCUAUUUCCUACUCUGCAUAAUGGUAGCCUACAUAUUUUUCAUGAAGCAUAUUCAUCCCAUAGCCUAUAUAUAACUGAUUUAAGAAAUGAAUCUGAAGCACAGUAAAACUGAAAGAAGAAAUGAACCUGAAGCAUAGUAUUCGCGAUUUAAUGAAUCCAGAUCAUCUGCAUGCAGGAAUUAUAGGGUGAAGGGUUUGCCUGUACAUUAGAGAUUUGUCAUUUCAUGUAUUGUUGUCUUGCCAUUGUAGGAAAGUAUAACAAGAGUGGAUCCACAUAAUAAUGGUAGUUGUCAUCUUUUAGAAGAACUCCCUAAAGGAAAUAUUUACAGGAAAUUUAUGGGAGGCUCGUGUACAAAGUAUUCUGUUAAG